ACGGAAAAUAUCUAAAUUUUCGCUCUUGCGCAAAUGAUCAGGAAGAGACUUUGAAGGAUUCCCUUGAACAGGUGGUUUUCUCACCAACACUCUUUUUCCUUUGGGGCAACCCUCCUGUCACCGGGACUAAUUUUCACGCUCUGCGACAAAAUUCUGCGGCUCUUGGAAUGCCAAUCAAAGUGUUUAUAUUGCCAAUUAUUCUAAAUAAUUCCCAGACUUUUUUACGUAAUCCCUGUUUGAUAUAAAUUUUUGGGUUGCAAUGAGUUGACCCAAAUUAUCCCAAAAUCUAUAUUUUGGCAGAAAAAUCUGUGCAGGAAAAUUUUUUUCGUGGAAAAUUUACCAAAAGUAUUUUGUUCAAUGAGCUAAAAUCCAAAAUAUAGAAAUGUUUCUUCAGAAGUUUAUUGGUUCAGCACGAAAGUGCAUUGCAAAAAAACGCUAUAUCGCCUUUUUGGUGCUCUUAAUCACAUCAACUAUCUUUUACUGUACCAUCUUCCACUUGGAAAUUAUAUGCUUCAGGGUUAAUCUUGAAAAGAAGAUAUCAACUAUCUGCGAAAAGUUCAGCCGAAACGAAUUCAGUGGAUCCCUUUGCAGUGAAAUAUGCUCCCAAAUAAGCAAUUUUCAGUGCCCAGAAAAUGCCUCGAAAAACCGUAAAUUUGCUUUUGUGAUUGGAAGUCAAGGUAGUCGAAGGAUUACGGUCAAAGAGGCCCAUAGCAAUAAUGUUGAUCCACUCAAAUGGGUCGAUCGUGAUGGUCAGGAGCACUUUCCAUCUGAAGUGGAAUUCAUCAAGAUAGUCAAUCGCACUCUCUACUUUAAGUACAAUGCCAUCCUGCCACUACCCGAACUAAGGGAGUUCCUCAAUCUGAGGAUUCAUUUUGGCGAUACUGAGAUUUUUCAUCGUUUCAUGGAGGAUACAUGGAGGCUUGUGAAUGACAAUGACUACAUGGUGGCAAAAAUCUGGGAUGAUAGGGAACUCUUUCCCAAAAUCUACGGAUCAUGCGGACCCUUUUUUGGGGAAGAGUACAUCACACCUUUUGAGGGUGGCAAUCAUCUGGAACUUCUGAGUGCCACUGAUUGGAAACAUCGUAUACAGAAAGCCGUCUUAAUUCUCGACUUUGUUGAGGAACUAGAUAAUAAUAUGAUAACAAUGUGUGAUAUAAAAUUAACCAACUUCGGCAUAUCAGACAAUAGAUUGAAGUACAUGAAUCUGGAGCACGUAUUCUCAACCCCAUUCAUGGAUCGCUACAUCUCAGACGCCAAAACGUGCUGGAAGGACGUUCAGUGUAGCUUUAAAGCGUGCCGCAGCAAAUGCAGCAAAAACAUCGAGAAAUGCACAAAUAGACAAAUGAACAAUAAUUUGCAAAUUGCUUGUGAUAAAAUUUUUAGAGGAUCAACAUAUUCCCCUGGAAUCUUAGUGACUUCGCGCUCAACUAAAGCUCUUUUGAAUCUACUGGACCAAUGUGCUGAUCCGCAAAAUAACAUUGAAGCCGAUCCCUACAGACCACUUGGGCCCUCCAAGGAGAUUAGAAAUGCUCUCUAUAUGGAAUUAACAAAUAUUUACGAUAGCCUUACCUUUAUAAAUUGAACAACGCUAAAACUUCCACUUCGAAAAAUGGAGAAAAUUUUUUUCGAUAGAAUUUUCCAUUUUAAAUAAUUCCUUCCUCGUAAUUCGCACACAGUUUUUUCAACAAGUU